AUGAGCAAACCUUGGCUAUGCGAUGCAAAGGCUGACUGGCGCUCCAAGGAUCCAGAGCCUCGGGCACUUACGAUGGAUCAAGACGCCGGCGCCAGAACUGGCAAGUUCGGUGGCGCCUUGUCGGUUUCCUCAGAGGAGGUAGGUCUCUCGGCGGCUGGGACGGUGGAAAGCACCAUGAUUGAUCAAAGCGAUAUCUGGCAAUCCGCGACCGCCUGCCAGCCCAUGCUCGUUGUCAUUCGGCAGAUUCUCGAAAUGGAACAGCCGCUGGACAGAGGCCAGUAG